CCCUCCCGGGCCCCUGUGUGUCCCAUCAUCCCCUCCUCAUCACUAGCCCUCUCCCGGGCCCAUCACUAGCCCCCUCCCGGGCCCCUGCAUGUCCUGUCACCCCGGCUCCCAUCACUAACCCCCUCCUGGGCCCCUGCGUGUCCUGUCACCCCCGCCCCCAUCACUAACCUCCUCCUGGGUCCCUGCGUGUCCUGUCACCCCCCCCCCACACACACAUAUCGCUAACCCCUUCCUGGUCCCCUGCGUGUCCCGUCACCCUCCAUCACUAAUCCCCAGGUGCUUUUGUGUCCUCACAUCCCCAUCAGUAACCCCUCCCAGCGGUCUCUGCGUGUCCUCCCAUCGCCCCAUCGGAAACUUCUCCUUGGUGUCCUCCCUUCUCCCAUCCCAGAGUCCUUGCGUGUCUCCUCAUCCCUACCAUUGGAAGUCCUCGCCCCUGGGAUCCUUGUGUGUCCCUACAGCAGUAACCCCCCUAGGGUCCUUAUAUCUCACCUCUAAUGCGAGCUCCCUGAUUUUCACUAUUUGGGACCCAGUGUGUGUUGCUCUUAGGCUGCCCCCUUCUUGUAUUUGGGCACUUAUCUCUCAGGGUCCCAUUCCCCCACUUUUGUUUGGGCACUUUCCUUCACUCCCCAGUGUGUACUUCCCCUGUCCCUGGGGGUGCCAGCACUGGUGGCGGUGGUGGUGGUGGUAGCUGCAGUAGCAACAUGGUAGAGAAGCGGUGCCCACGGCUGCAGAGGGACAGUGUGUACCGCUGGUUCUCAGAACUGCCCUCCCCGCAGCGGGUGGAAUUUCUCUGUGGCCUCCUGGACUUGUGCAUCCCACUUGAACUGCGCUUUCUAGGUGCCUGCUUAGAGGACUUGGCCCGCAAGGACUAUCAUUCCCUACGUGACUCUGAAAUCAAGGCCAACAACCCUGCUGACUUGGGUAGCCUCACUAACUUGACAGACGAGGUGGUACGUAGCAAACUGCUGGUCUCCCUUGCCUUGUUGGGGUCUGCACACCGAGAGGCAGCUGGAGUCCUCUUCCGCACACUUACCCACAUUGAUUCUGUCAUCAACAACUAUGGGCUGCAGCUCAACGAGGGCCGCACUGGGGAUGAAUUUCUCUUGCUCUUCACUAUGGCGUCCAACCACCCUGCCUUCAGCUUCCACCAGAAGCAGGUACUGAGGCAAGAGCUUACCCAGAUCCAAAACAUCAUGGCCAGCACCAGCAAGAAUCCGAGCAUCCCCGCUCUUAGCACCAUGGCAACCUACCCUGGCUGCCAUAAGGUCACUCCAAGAUCUGAGACCCCCAUAAACAGUGUCAGUAACAGUUUGGAAAAUGCACUACAUACGUCAGCACAUUCCAUUGAGGAGUCUUUACCCAAGAGGUCUUCAGGAAAACACUCCAAAGUGAGUGUUGAAAAAGUGGAAGUAAAGGGAUUGGCACACAAGAAGAAUGAAAGAAAUGUUGACUAUUCCUUUGAGGUCUUGUGGUCUGAUUCUUCAGUGACAUUGGUAACCAAAUCUUCUACUGAAGUGACUGAAUUUAUUUCAAAGCUAUCUCAGCUGUACCCAGAAGAAAACUUGGAGAAAUUCAUUCCUUGCCUAGCUGGUCAAGAUUCAUUUUACCUAGAAAGGAACCACAUGGACCUGGAAUCGGAUGUUAGGUAUUUGGCAUCCUUACCUUCCCAUGUGCUGAAAAAUGAUCAUGUCAAGAAAUUCUUCAGCAUUUCAUCUUCCUCCCAGCAACUUCAGAGUUCAAGUCCUGGCAACCCCUCUCUCUAUAAAGUAGUCACUACGCUGGGUCCAUCUGGAAGACCUGUAUGUGGAGUAGCUGGUAUUCAGUCUUCACAGAAUCAUGUACAGCACUCAGCUGUUUCUUCAGUUGCACUGCCCCAUUGCUCUCAUUCAGGGAGUACAGGCUCAUCAUUAGCCUACCGCUCCCAAAUGGACACCUCUUCACCCAUGUUGUCUUCCAGUUCACAGACGCCGCAGACCCAGGAGCAAAAUGGGAUUUUAGACUGGCUUAGGAAACUGCGGUUGCACAAGUAUUAUCCUGUCUUCAAACAACUCACAAUGGAGAAGUUUCUGAGCCUUACUGAAGAAGAUCUGAAUAAGUUUGAAUCCCUCACCAUGGGAGCAAAGAAAAAACUCAAGACCCAGCUGGAACUGGAAAAAGAAAAAUCAGAGAAACGGUGCCUAAAUCCAGGAACACCUUCUUCAGUUACCAGCAGUGGAGUGGCCAGGGUCCCUCCUACUACUCAUGUAGGGCCUAUCCAGAGUAUUCGUGGCAACCAUGCUGCAGAGCUGCGUGUAGAUGUGGAUCAGCCAGCCCACCCGCUUCCCCGAGAAGGUAGUUCUUCUGAGUACUCAAGUUCCUCUUCCAGCCCCAUGGGGAUUCAGACCAGGGAAGAGAGCUCAGAUAGUGCUGAGGAGAACGAGAGACGUUUAGAGAUUCACUUGGACAGUUCAGAAAAGGAGAAGCCAGUGAUGUUACUAAAUCAUUUCACUUCGAGCUCUGCCAGACCCACAGCCCAGGUUCUACCAGUGCAGAAUGAUGCAGGCUCCAGUCCUUCUGGCCACCAUAUCUUGCCAAUGCAAAUGAUGACAGCAGCCUCCACCCACAUCAGCCCUAUUCGAAUGCUAAAUGCGAUGCACAAGUCAGAGCGAAAUACAGACAUGAAGCUACUUUCCUCUUCUGUGCAUUCACUUUUGUCUCUAGAAGAAAGAAAUAAAGCUUCACUUGGACCUAGAAGCAGCAUUAAAAUGGACAAGAGCUUUGGAAAUACAGUGGUUGAUGUGAUGCCCACAUCAUCUCCCCAUCAGCCCCUGCAAGUACUUUCAGGAGUUCCUGAAAACAGUUCUUCAUCUUCUGUUAACUAUGGUCCUCGAACCAAAGUUGUACAUGCUUCAACUCUGGACAGAGUGAUAAAAACAACUCAACAGACAUCAUUAAUAGCGGAAGCAAGUACUGCUGCCACUGUAACAUCCAGCACAGUCUUCCAUAUGGCACGUCCACCCAUCAAGCUCCUGGUAUCUUCUUCUGUUCCUACGGAUUCUGCCACUGCUGGACAAACUUCCUGCUCCAGCAAUAUGCAAAUAAGUGUCUCUCCUGCAAUAAUCAAUCCCCGGACUGCUCUAUAUACAGCCAACACCAAAGUUGCCUUUUCUGCAAUGAGCAGUAUGCCAGUGGCUCCGAUGCCAGGCAGCUUCUGUGCAAACAGUAACACUGCCUCUUCCAGCAGCCACCCAUCCACAUCAUUUGCAAACAUGGCAAAUUUGCCCAGUUGUCCUGCCCCCAGUUCUAGCCCCACAAUUUCGUCUGUUGCCGAGAACAAUUUCUAUAGCAGCAGCAGUAGUGGUGGAUCUGCAGGGAGUAUCCCAGUACCAAAUCAGAAUCAUCACCACCACCACCACCACCACCAGCAGCAGCAACCGCCUGGGUGUAUGGUGUGUAGUUCCUGUGGGUGUAGUGGGAACUGUGGUUCAGGCGGUAUGACUGUCAGUUAUGCUAAUUAUUUCCAGCACCCAUUUUCAGGUUCCUCAAUGUUUACCUUUCCAUUUCUACCCUUUAAUUCUUUAUGUAGUAAUGGCUACAUCAACACGCAGCAGUACAACGGCAGCACGACUUUUCCACUGGUUCAUUCUCCCUACAACAGUGGUUUAACACCGGAUUCUGUAAUGAGUGGGCAGUCCACGUUUGCAGUGCCCCAAAUGCAGAACUUUAUGGCAGGAACAGCAGGGGUGUAUCAGGCACAAGGAAUGAUGGGAAACAGCAAUGGUUCAAGUCACAAAAAAAAUGGGAACCUUUCCUGUUACAACUGUGGGGCCAGUGGUCACCGAGCUCAGGAUUGCAAACAGCCACCAAUGGAUUUCAAUAGGCAAGGUACUUUUAGGCUGAAAUAUGCCCCUCCAGCUGAAAGUCUUGACUCCACAGACUGAUACUUUCUCUGCCAAGAGAACACUGGCUCCUCCAUUCUACAGAGUUAUUUUAAUCUGGUUGUUCAGGGUCCUAAGCAUCAUCAUAGAUUGCUAAUCCACACUGGGAUCUACUGACAGACAAACCUAUCAUUCAACUCUGGGUACUGGAAUCAUACAGUGGCCCUUGACACAUCUGUUUGCCCUUCUCUAGGAAUGGCUACUGCAUUAAAAUUAGAAGAAAGCAGUCUCUAAAUUACCACUCAAGCUGUGAUUGAGUUAUAUCAGCACUGUAUUAAUUAAAAAAAAUGCAACAUUUGUACAGGAAUCAGUCAUUGAUCACACAGUAAUUACAAGAAUGGCUGUCAUGAGUUUAACAGGAUGGUUUUACACAAAAAACUAAACAUAAGACAAGCUGCUUUUAAAGUUUACAUUAAGUAAAAAAAA